AUGCCAAAGGACUCGAUAAAGGUCUAUAUCAAAUGGGCGAAGGAAACGGCAGAGCUGUUCCAGGAUUUGGAGAUCAAUUGGUCAGAGAAGGAGCUGGUGAAGAUACAGUGUCCAGAGAGUCCAGACGCACCCAUCACAAUCGAUGACAUGUCCACCUGGAUAGAGUCGCGCGUGGAAAGUAUGUAUGAGACUGCGACGCAGGGGAUGGACAAAAUCAUGGUCCAAGUCCAGUGGAUUGCCACAGCCAGCAGCCCCGAGAUUGAGAUUCAGCUGGCGCUGAAUUGGAAUGAUGCAGUCCAUGAGCAUUUCAAAGAUGAGGACCUGGUUGUGGUCGAAUGUCAGGCAAUGUCAGAAAGUGGAGAAGAAGAAACAGGGCCCAACUACACUAAGCAGAACUUGAAGGACAUCCGAAAGACCCUACGCUUCAGCUUAAGCGACCGUGUGAUAUGCAACUGUGGACCGCUUUGGCUUCCCGGUUCUGUGGUCGGCACCGCUGUGGAGUCUGAUGGUGAGCUCUUCCCGUACCUUGUCAAGACAGUGUGCUUUGAGCUCCUGUUCCUCGUGAAGAGCGCCGCUCUCGGCCGCAUGACAAGCUCGAGGCCAAAACUCCGGUUUGCUGAGGGCGAGAGGGUGGCCGUCCGCGUCAGGAAUUCAAAUGAUGGAUUGGAAUGCUGGUGUUCUGGGCGUGUGGCGGCUCUGUGGCCACAAUUGCCUGGGGAGAGCAAAUGGGAUAUUGAUGGCAUUACCGGCGAGUUCCCCAAAGAAGUACCAUACAGGGUGGACCUUCUUGCGGGCCCGGCGAAUUGGAUCUUUGUGCAUUGGGACAACCACACACUCAUCCGUCGCGAGGGCCUUCAGCCACAAACCAGGGUGAAGGGCAUCAGCAAGCGCUUGGAGAUACGAAGACGCGAUGACGGAACCAUGGAGCAAGUCGAUCACCUGACCGAGCAUCGUAAGCCAGUUUCCAAGAUCAACGCGGACAUGGACAUGUCGGAUUCCGAUUCGGACCAGGAUUGA